CUCUCAGUUAAAGUACAAAAUUGUUAACAAUAUUUGAUUUAUUUUUAGUGAUAAACACUUUGCAAAUGAAUUAGUGAUUGCAUUGCCAUCGAUGGCAUACAUCAUGUAUUGAAUGGUCAAACAAGUGAUGACUUAGUUUUUUUUAUCACUUAUUUGUGUCUAAAAAACGCAAUCAAUUGGCGCUGAAGAUGUUUAAACAAAUGAAUGUGUUAACCAAAUGGCAGACAAUUGUCUGUUGCAAACAUUUGGACACAAAAGUGGUUUCAAUUCAACGACGUUGUCUCUCAUCAAAAGCUAAGAUAACAACUCAUUAUUCAGUAGUUCCGCGAAAUACUGACAACCGCUGGAAAGACAUUAAUAUGGAGAGAGUUGUCGAUGAAACCGAUAUCGUUGUGGUCGGAGGCGGACCGGCGGGUCUUUCGGCUGCUAUUCGACUGAAGCAAUUGGCGAACAAAGAUAAUAAAGAAUUGAGAGUGACUUUAGUGGAAAAAGCGGCACAAAUUGGUUUACAUACUCUUUCGGGCGCUUGUAUUGAACCGAAAGCUAUCGACGAACUAAUCCCCGACUGGAAGGACAAGUCAGCGCCUUUGGACACACCGGUCACUGACGAUGUUUUUCGAUACUUAACUCCUACGGGUUCGAUAAAAUUGCCGGUUUUUAAAGGAAUGCCAAUCUAUAAUCACGGCAAUUAUGUGGUGCGGUUGGGAAAUGUAGUCGAAUGGUUGGGCACUCAGGCCGAAGAAUUGGGUGUUGAUAUAUAUCCGGGAAUUGCUGCGUCUGAGAUACUUUACGAUCAAAAUGGAAAUGUUUGCGGAAUUGCCACUAAUGAUGUCGGUAUUAGUAAAGAUGGUGCACCCAAAUCCUCAUUUGAAAGAGGAAUGGAAUUAAGGGCCAAAUGUACUGUUUUUGCUGAGGGGUGUCACGGAAGUCUUGGCAAACAACUGAUGAAAAAGUUUGAUCUCAGAGCUAACUGUGAACCACAAUCUUAUGGCAUUGGAUUAAAGGAAAUUUGGGAAAUUGAUAAAUCAUUACACAAACCGGGUAGAGUUGAGCACACCGUUGGUUGGCCUCUGGAUAAGGAUACAUAUGGCGGUUCAUUUCUGUAUCAUUUAAAUGAAGACAUACCUCAGAUAGCCGUUGGUUUCGUCAUUGGUCUCGAUUACAGUAAUCCAUAUUUAAAUCCAUUUAAAGAAUUUCAGCGCUUUAAACUUCAUCCGACUGUUAGACCGUAUUUUGAAUCUCCAAAUUCAAAGCGUAUUGCAUACGGAGCCCGUGCUUUAAAUGAAGGAGGAUUGCAGUCAAUACCAAAGUUAACUUUUCCGGGCGGCUGUCUUGUUGGGGAUGAGCCGGGAUUUUUAAAUAUGCCUAAAAUCAAGGGAACGCAUAACGCUAUGAAAAGCGCAAUGGUUGCCUCCGAUACCAUUUAUGAAGCAUUCAGUGCAGACAAACUACAGAUUGGUUACGAACCAAAAGAAUAUGAAACCAAUUUAAAAAACAGUUGGGUUUGGAAAGAGUUGAAAGCCGCAAGAAAUGUUAGGCCUUCGUUUCACACUAAACUUGGACUCUAUGGAGGAAUCGCUUACACCGGUCUUUUCUAUGUUGGCUUAAGAGGUUACGAGCCGUGGACAUUGAAACACGGCGGACCCGAUUACACAAAACUAAAACCAGCCAAAGACUGCAAACCUAUUGAAUAUCCAAAACCUGACGGAAAAAUAACCUUUGAUUUAUUAUCAUCGGUGGCGUUGACCGGAACCAAUCACGAAUCGGAUCAACCGCCACAUCUGACACUAAUGAAUGAUGACAUUCCUGUCGAACGUAAUCUGAAGAUCUUUGACGGACCAGAACAACGUUUUUGUCCGGCGGGUGUUUACGAGUACGUGACUAAUGAAAACUCUGAUGAUAUGCGACUUCAAAUCAACGCUCAAAAUUGUAUUCAUUGCAAGACAUGUGAUAUAAAAGAUCCGUCGCAGAACAUCAAUUGGGUCACACCUGAAGGUGGAGGUGGACCCGCUUAUUCAGGAAUGUAAUUACAAUUUUUUAAAAAAAGAUUUUAUUUUAAAAUAUUCACAAAAUAGUUAUAAAUAUAUUG